AAAUGUCAUAAGAUGUUGUGUCAUUCAUAAAAAAACGCAAGGAUUGGUGAAAAAUGCUAAAAUAAAAUGAAAGUAAACUAAAUAUCUUCAAAUACAACUUGAUAUGGCAAAAUAUUAAACCAUACUACUUACAUAAACAUAGAUAUUUUUGCAUUACAUAUACUUCACAAUGUCUGCGCCAAGCAAGCAACUCGUUUCAGAAGACGAUUCAAACAGCGAGAAUUUCUUCGGAACUGACUCGGCUUCCUCCUCAUCGUCUGAGUCAGGAGAUAGCACAAAUAAUUUCGAAUUUAGCGAACCUUUUGUAUUGGAAAUUCAUGACAUUAAGGAAGGCAAUGCAUUAGGCUACACAAUGUCUUCAGCUGAUGUUAAAAACGGGAAUGUCAAGAGAUUAAAAAAGAAGAAGAGGAAAAUAAAUGCUACUAGUGGUUCCACCAACACUGCUUCAGAUAUUGUAACACCGCAGCCUUCAAACACAGAUACGGCUAACGAAGAGUUUUUUGAUGCGCAUGAAAGCUUGCAUUCAAUGCCAGAAAACAAGCCUAAUACAGUUGACCCGAAAAACGCACCUGCGGAGAUAGACAACUCACAAAUGCCAAAAACUAAAUCAAUAUCUGGACCUCAGAACCCUCAACUCGCGAUCAACCCUGACGCAUUGCACCCCAGCCCACCGCCGUACAAACAAUCCUCUUUUAUAAAUCCUCCCGAUGCAAGAAAUCCAACUGUGAAAGAAAAGGCCUCAGAACCAGCUAAUCCAAGCAUGAAGAAGCCUUCAGUACCUGGGCUUGGAGCACAAAGGGGUAUCACGAUAACAUCGAUUAACCCUCAAACUGGCAACACCCAAGGAGUAGAUCCAGCUGCGAAGGACCAAGCGCCGGGAACACAGCCCGUGCUGAAGAAGCCAUCAGCAGUGGCUGGUCUGAAGACACAGGAUCCGAACGCAAACCAAGUAACUCCACCGCAAACAGAUGCAGAGAAGAAAAUAGCUAGUGGAUUGGCUCCACCGAUGGUGCAAUCGGGACAGCUUCCAAAAAUGCCAGCCGACGAUGCUCUGCAGCAAGCCGACAAUGCCGUUAAGCCAUCCAACCCGGGAUUGAAACUUCCGGAAAAGGAAACACCGAAAUGAUACAUUUAAUUAGUUUCAAUUCUCUAUAGAAAUUCAGUAAUUAAAUUGAUUAUACAAAUAAACUAUAACACCAACCA